AUGAAGGCUGUGGUUAUUAUCUUGGGGCUGGCAAUAGCUGCUGUUGCAGUUCUAGCUGAAGAAGAAGACCCGGUGAUAGCCAAGCUGGAUGAUGGGGGUCCACGGUUCCAAUAUAUGCCAGGACCUAACGGACUGCAGCUGGUCGAUCUCUGGUUAAGGCUGAGUGAUGUGCUGCAAAUUGCUAGAUAUAACCCUGAAAACAGCAAUCGAUAUGUCUUGUUUACCAGGAGUAACCCCUCUGGUGAAGAGAUCCCGUCCGGUUCUGACGUAGCCCUCUACAGCUCCACCUACGAUGUUACAAAGAAGACGGUUGUUCUCACCCACGGCUGGCUGAACACCCCCAGUUCAGACUUCAAUGUUCAGUUAAUCAGUGCUUACCUGGAUGCUGAGGAUGUCAACGUAAUCAUGGUGGACUGGAGCGAGGGAGCUGCUCCCAAUUAUUUAAUUGCAAUGAACAAUGUCAUCAAAUCAGCUGACCAUGUCGGGAAAUUCGUCAAGUGGUUACUCGAUAUCACCGGAGGAGACAUCAACAAUUACCAUAUCAUCGGCCACAGUCUUGGAGCACAUCUCGCUGGAAUUGUUGGAAGAUAUUUGGAUGGGAAGGUUCCUUAUCUGACUGGAUUGGACCCAGCAUUGCCGGGAUGGAUCACGCAUAAACAGUCCAUCAGCAAGGAUGUGGCUCUUUACACGUAA